AUGCAGCUAUCCGGCCCUAUCAGCCUGACAAUACUAGCCAGUCUAGUGAGCGCCGCAGUCCUUCCGCGGACGACGACGGACAUUGAGUUUUGCACAGCGUCCACAUACGCCACAGGGGCUUGCCCCUACGCCCAACCAACGGCCGGCGCAGGAACAUGCGGCACGUUGAAGGUGGAGGCGAACAUCUGCUACACAUUUGACGCCUUCCCGGAGGCUCCAGCGGCGCUGAUAGGAAAUGUGAACUACAUCUCAAUCCCUGAUGGAGGCUCCAUCACUGGCUGCAAUCUGUACAAGACCACGAACUGCACUGUCACACCGGAUCAGUCAUGGGACGCCACUGAGGUCGGCUCCACUGAUCUGACAUGUCGCAAGCAUCUGACUGCGAACAUUGUCAGCUGGAUCUGCGCUUAG